AUGGGCGCCACUCCCGUCAAGAGAUCCUCCCCCGGUCCUGAUGAAUGGCACCAUCUCGAAGACUUGAAUGAGAGACGACGGGUCCAAAAUCGCUUAUCGCAGCGGAAUCGGCGAACCAAUCUGCGCAAUCAGCAGGCCCAAGGCCAGAUUCAAAGCCAGAAGCGAGAGACGACGAAGAAGGCCUCCGAAUCCGCGGGUAAACAGAAUCGACAGCUUUUUUGGGUGCAACCCAACACCUCAACGGCAAGGGGGAAACUGGUGACGACGAAACGACAAAAGCCUGAAUUGCCGCGUCCCCAAGACCCAGGUCCUAUGGUGACGCAGGAUUGUUGGCCGGAGAUAUGGGACAGCUCGCUACACGAAGUAUCAGCAGGCGAAAGAUUGCACAAUAGCCUGGAAUCAGGAGACGUCAUGGAGACUUCUUGGAUUGACUCGCUUAUGCUUUCGCCAGUUCUGCCCAUCGAGAACGAUGUGCUGGGUUGCACAAGCCCGGUGCCUAUUUUCGACACAACCGUAACAUUCGACGUCGCGCCAUCAACAACAAUAAUAUCCGAGAAAGAUGGUAGUUCAUCCCAGGCGGAUCUUGUGGGUAUCCAGGGUCAGGACCUCCCGAUGAUUGGAACAGAAUUAGGUCACACAACGUGCUGCAAUGCGCCCCGGAAUAUGCAAUCCACAAUGCAGCCACAGUCACAGACGUCAGACUCGAGUAUCGACAGGGACGACAGGGACAACUUCUUCGGAUACGCCGCACUCCACAUGGCUGCCAGUCGUGGCCAUCUACCCAUUGUGCAGCUGCUCACAGAGAAAGGCAUGCCGGUCGAUCAGUUGAGUAGCGAGAACGAGACGGCCCUGCAUGUAGCAGUAGGACGGGGGCACUUUGCUGUUGCGCGCUACCUUCUAGAGCGCGGGGCCGAGCCACAUCGAGGUAAUCAACACGGCCAGACAGCACUGCAUGUUGCUGCAGAGCAGGGUCAUUGCGACAUUGUCCGUCUGCUAUUUAGCUAUCUCGGCGACCUGAAUGUCUUGGACCACAAUGGACAGACGGCGCUGCAUCGGGCGGUAGCGGAGGGCCAUGUUGAAGUGGUGCGGCUGUUGCUGGAACGCGGCAUGAACGCCGAGAUGAAGGUGGGAUGCCCGUUGGGAGCGAAGCCGUAG